AUGUCAUCUGUCGCUGUCGCCGAGCUCGCUUGGCUCCGCCAGAUGCACAUGUUCGCUGUGUUGGAAUUAACGAUAAUUCACACCAACAAUACCGAGGUUCGCUCCAGGCCUCAUAAUUACGCUCACUUGCCAUCACCGUUCGCGGAGCACUCGAGUCCGACUUCUCUUUGGCGCUCAUCGCAAUAUGAGUAUCGGUGUCAUACAUCGUUGCCGAGUCUGAAUGCCAGCCCUCAGGAUAAAAUGUAG